UACAUGAGUAAUUGAGAAUUAAAGAAAUAAAAACUUUUUUCUCAUCUUGAGCUCUCGGUUACUUUUGCUUCACUAUUUUUUCUAUGUGCUCCCACUUCUCGCUAGGAUCAUUAUUCCUAUCAGGUUUUCAAGAAUUAUUUCAUUAGAUCCUUGUCUCUUCUCAGCAUUUCAGGUCAUUCUUGGGUUUCUUGGAUGCCAUUGUUUCUUGGCAGGUUUGAGGUAGUUGCGGUGAAUGCUAAUGAUGAUUUUGCUUUUUUGUGCUGUUGAAAUCCUCACAUUAAGGCUAAUUUUAAUUUCUAAAGCAACUUUUCUUUGAAGGUACAUCAAUUUGAGGGGUUCCAUUAUUAGAUUCAUCAAAUUGUGUUUGAUUGCUUUAAUUCCUUUGCUUUAUCAACCCUUUUUAUUGCUCAAAACACUCUUAAAUGAAAUGGGAAUUCUGCCUAUAUGAUCUUCCCUCUUUAAUUGAUAUGGAAUUUUCUUGAAUUCGGAAAGUGAAUUAGGGGUUUUUAGCUAUCUUUGAGCAUCUCAAUCAACCAUUUCCAAAAACUCAAAAUGGAUCAAGAUCACAAGAAAUUGAAAGAAUCAUCAUUCCCAUGUGAAGUUUUGGAGAAGGUAUUAUCACUCAUAGAUUCACACAAGGAUAGGAACUCAGCCUCCCUUGUUUGCAAAGAUUGGUAUGAUGCUGAGAGAUGGACAAGAUCCAAUCUUUUUAUAGGGAAUUGCUAUUCAGUGUCUCCCGAGAUCGUGGCUCGAAGGUUUCCCAAAAUCAAGAGUGUUAGGCUCAAAGGGAAGCCAAGAUUCUCAGAUUUUAACUUGCUGCCCCAAAAUUGGGGUGCUAAUGUUCAUGCUUGGCUGGUUAUGUUUGCUAAGGUUUAUCCGUCACUCGAGGAGCUGAGGCUCAAGAGGAUGACUGUCAGUGAUGAGAGCUUGGAUCUCUUGGCCAGGUCAUUCCCGGGCUUCAAGGCUUUAUCAUUGUCAAGUUGCGAUGGUUUCACAGACGAAGGUCUCAAAGCAAUUGCAACUCACUGCAGGAACUUGACUGAGCUUGAUAUAGCGGAUAGUGCAACAGAAGAUAUUGGCGGAGGUUGGCUAAGUUGCUUCCCUGAGAGCUUCACCUCAUUGGAGAUACUAAAUUUUGCCAGCCUUCAGUGUGAGGUGAGUUUUGAUGCCCUCGAGAGACUUGUCAGCCGGUGCAGAGCGUUAAGGGUUCUGCAGGUCAACGAAAGCAUCAACUUGGAGCAGCUGCAACGGCUCCUUGUGCAAAUUCCUCAUUUAACAAGGCUUGGCACCGGCUCCUUCAUGCAAGAAAUUACAGUCCGUCAGUAUGAGGAUCUCCAAACUGCAUUCAGCAAUUGCAAGAAUCUCCAAGCUCUUUCGGGUUUAUGGGAUGCUACUUCCGCAUAUCUCCCUUUUGUUUAUGGAGCUUGUGCAAGUCUCACUUUCUUGAAUUUGAGCGAAGCAAAUCUCCAAAGUGGCGAACUAGCAAAGCUUCUCCCUCACUGCACUAGUCUACGUCGCCUUUGGGUGAUUGACACCGUUGGAGACAAGGGUCUUGAGGCUGUUGGGUCGAGCUGUCCGUUGCUUGAAGAACUCAGAGUCUUCCCCCUUGAUCCGUAUGAUCUAGAUAAUCAACAAGGGGUGACGGAGGCGGGCUUCUUGGCUGUUUCUCGUGGCUGCCCAAACCUCAAAUACGUCCUCUACUUCUGCCGGAAGAUGACCAAUGACGCUGUCGUAACCAUAGUGCAGAAUUGCCCCGAUUUCACCCAUUUCCGCCUCUGCAUAAUGAAUCCAGGCGAGCCGGAUCACCUAACAAAUGAGCCUAUGGACGAGGCCUUUGGCGCUGUGACCAAAACAUGCACCAAGCUCCGGAGACUAUCGGUGUCCGGCCUUCUCACCGACAAGGCUUUCGAGUAUAUAGGAAAGUUCGCCAAGAAUCUCGAGACUCUGUCCGUGGCCUUCGCCGGCAGCAGCGACAGGGGCAUGCAGUGCGUCCUCGAAGGCUGCCCGAAGCUGAGGAAGCUCGAGAUAAGGGAUUGCCUGUUUGGAAACGCUGCGCUGCUCUCCGGGCUGGACAAAUACGAGACGAUGCGGUCGUUGUGGAUGUCCGCUUGUAACCUGACCAUCAAAGGGUGCAGGCUGCUUGCAAAGGAGAUGCCGAGGCUCAAUGUGGAGGUCAUCCAGGAUGAGUGGAGCGACGAGACGCACGCCAACAAAGUCUAUGUGUAUCGGUCCGUGGCUGGGCCGCGACGGGACGCACCCCCGUUCGUCCUCACUCUGUGAGGGGGAGGAUCUCUAGGUCAGUGCUUUCUGCCUCAGAAAUUUUCAAACCUAUUGAUGUUGUUGUAAGCUAGGAGCCGACGAUAAAGUGAACUUAGUUGGUAAGACUCGUUUCUGUACACCUUUGUUGCUGGACUUGUGGUGUCGUAUUAUGUAAGAAGAAAGAUCAUGAAUAUGUAUCUUUAUUUUUGGAAUUUAAUCUAUCUAAAUGUAUAAAAAUGAAAUUUGUUAGUAGUGUAAUUUGUCACUGUAUCAAUGUAAAUCUUGUAUUCAGGUUCUCCUUUAA